AUGAGUCAUAGGAAGGUUUACUCGCAAGGAAGCAUACCCUUUUCAUGGGAGAACUCACCUGGAGUCUCCAAGGUCAUCCCCCAAGAAUACCCAAAAGAUAAAGGGCUAAAUGCCAUUAAGAUAUCACCACCUACAUACCCGAUUUUGUUUCCUGAUCAGGACUCGGAUAGCUCCUCCAAGAAAAUUCCUCUUCCUCCAUGCGUGAGCACGAAGAUAGAGCCUCCUCGAAGAAGCAGGUCAGCGAAAGGGUUUAGGUGGUGGCAAGAAGACCCUUUCCUUGCAGCUUACAAGGAAUGCACAAAGAAUGCGAGAAAUGGUAAGUUUUCAAGUGAAAGCAAGAAGAAUGUCGGGUCUAAAGUAAGGAAGAACAGGCUUAUCUUUUCGUGCAAGAAUUCAUGUGAUGUUCAGGAUGAUAAUGUGGUUAGGCUAGCUAAUCUUCCUGCUAUUCCUAGAGAGAGAGUUCGGGGAAGAUGA